CGUGAUGGAAGAACAGGAGACUGAGAGUUUAAAAUAUGGAAUUAUUAAUUACAAACUACUGGAGGAAUUGGCGAUUCAACAGGCACCGAAGGGCGAGGCUGGGCGACUAUUCCGUGAGGAUGGGGUUAAAUUGGAAGAAGUCAAAGAACUGAGAAUUGAAUUUUUGAAUAUUAUUAGUCUGGAGCAUUUGUGGCCGAUGAAAAGCAUCAGGAAACUGACAUUAUCUCACAAUUGCAUUGAGAGGAUCGAGAAAUUGGAGGAUCUCGUCGAAUUACGAGAGCUUGAUCUCUCAUUUAAUCGAAUCAGUCUUAUGGAAGGGCUGAGUCAUCUGAUUAAUCUAGAAAUUUUAAUAUUAUCCGGAAACGAUAUUCAGAAUAUCGAGGGCAUCGAUGGUCUUGAUAAUUUGAAAAUCCUCAGCUUGGCGAAUAAUAAAAUUAACAGUUGGGAUCACGUGAUGUACCUGAGGAAAUUCAAAGAACUCCGUAGUUUAAAUAUUCAAGGGAACCCUUGCAUGUAUCAGAAAGGUUUUAUAGAUUAUAUUAUCGCUUUCGUCCCUCAACUCGUUUAUUUCUCGUACCGAAUGAUUACGGGAGAGCAGAGGAAUAAAUCCCGCGAGAUUCACCGACUCUCUGUUGCAAAAACUGAGGAAAGUGAAACCAAUCUUCACCGUUCGCAAAGCAAGACCAAAGCGGUGGAAGAUAAAAAAGCAAAAGACUUCGAGGCAUUUGUUGAGAAUUUCGAUGCAAAUGAAUUCUUGAAUUUUUUGUGCGAAAAAGAUAAAGAGAAUUCCAUUCUGAAGAAAGUUCAUUUGAUCGCUGAAAAGAGUUAUGAGAAAUAUUCGACAAAAAUCAAUGAGAUAUCCCGAGAAAUCUACAGAUUCGGGAAUAAUAAAAAAGCUGAGAGAUCGAAAGAACUUGCGAUAUUCCGAAAAACUAUUGAGGAUGAACAGAACUCAGUGAAAUUUACUGCCAGAAGACUGAUGGAUGAGAUAGAAGAACGCCGGAAUGAAAUUCUAGAGGAUUUAAAAAAGAAAUCGAGCAUUAACGACGCGAAUGAUGCCGAUUGCGAAUCCUCUGGGAAAGUCCCAGAAGAUUCUCUGAGUAUUGACUUGAGAGAAACGCAGAAAAUUGCGGAGGAAUUCAACAAAUUCAUGUCAUCAAAGUGGACGAAAUUGAUGUACAACGAGAUUGUCCUCCACGAGCAGAUGGAAGAUGUUCUAGAAUCCUUCAAAAAUAACAUGUCCAAGGCAAUUACGGAAUUCACUGAUUUCAUGAAGGAGGCAUUCUCCCAAAUAAAAAACACUGAGGAUGAUUACUGCAAAAAUAUUAAUAGCAUCAUUAAUUCGUACGUCGCGAACAUGAAUUCAGAUGAGGCCGUUAUUCCCGAGGGUUUCAGGGAAAUCUUGGAAAAUUCCGAGUCUCUGAAUGAAAAUUUAGUAUCUUCUCACGAAUUGCGUCUAAAUCUCAUCGCUUCUAAGGAGCAGACAAUGAUCAAACGCAUAGAAUCAUGGCUCGAGGAUUUGAUCGAUGAACUGGAGUCGCACGAGAAUAGUCGACAUCGUUCCAGGAUCCUAGAGAUUUCUCACUUUAUUCAGUUCCAAAGAGAAUCCUUAGAAGAUGUCUUCGAUAUGAAUAUUAAUAUCGAUAAAAAUAUAGAAGCUGACGUCGCAGCAGCUCUGGACGAUUAAUAUCAUCCAGAAUCUCUGCGUU